AUGACAGCGACCGCCACCGCAAACGCACACGACGACGACUACCUCCCCACUUCAGAGCAGCAGAGCCACGCCGAUUCCCUCUCCCUCCUCGACCAGCACGCCAACCGCGUCGAUUUUGGCCAGCUCCGUCGACAGGCGCAAGCCGACGGCCAAGCCUUUGUCCUCGUCUUCACGCGUCACUUCCACUGUGGAAUGUGCAUGCAGUACAUCCGCGCCCUCGCCGGCUCCACCAUCCUUCGGGACCUCGGCCGCGUAAAGGUAGCCAUCGUCGGUCCCGGCCAGUGGCAGGGCGUCAAGCGCUACAUCGAACAGUGCGGCAGCCCGCCCUUUGACUUCUACGCCGACCCAGAGGUGAAGCUGUACAAGGCCCUCGGCGUCACCACCAGGAACCUCGACCUCGGCGACCCAAACAAGGGCGAGGUCCCCUCCCACCACACUUUCGGCACUCUGGGCACCACCCUCAAGAGCGUCGCAGAGACCUUUACCUCGGGCUCUCUCGCGAUAAAGGGCGGCGACAUCAAGCAGCUCGGUGGAGAGAUCGUCUGGAGCAACGGGGGAGAACCCGUCUUUGCCCACAGGAUGAAGCACACCCGCGACCACUCGGAGGUAUCGCAAGUCGAAAGGGCGGUUCAGAGCGGUGGCAGCACCGCCGCAGCUAACCCUGCUGCCCCUACGGCCGCCGCUGCCGCUGCCGCUGCCACGGUCACAGCGGCUACUACCGCCUCUGGCACCGGGUCCGGGCCCGGCCAACAAACGUGCCAAGCCUCUGCGCCUCCAACCAACGCUUCUAGCCCCUACGGCGUCGCGGGAUCCAACCUGCUUCCGGGCAAGAUUGUCGCCAUCACUGGUGCAUCCCGGGGUAUCGGUAGGGCGUGCGCGCUCGCCUGCGCCGCCCACGGCGCAAAGGGGAUGGUGAUCCAUUACCUCGGCGAUGCUGCGACGACAUCCGAGGCGCAGUCGCUCCAGGUCGAGCUCGAAAAGCUGGGCUGCCAGUCUCGCCUCGUGGCCGGCGACAUCUCGCAGCCCGAAGUCGGCCAGGAGAUUGCCCGCGUCGCGCAGCAAGAUUUCGGCAGGCUCGACGUCUUUGUCUCCAACGCCGGCAUCUGCCCGUUCAUGGGCUUUCUCGAGAUGGAGCAUGAUACCUGGAAGCGGGUGCAGGACGUCAACCUCAACGGCGCCUUUUACGCCGUCCAGGCGGCGGCGAGGGUCAUGGAGGAGCAGGUGCCGCAAGGCGGGAGCAUCGUCGCCGUCAGCUCCAUCUCGGCGCUCGUGGGCGGCGGCAUGCAGAGCCACUAUACCCCGACCAAGGCCGGCAUCAAGUCGAUGAUGGAGAGCGCGAGCAUCAGCCUCGGGCCCAAGAACAUCCGAUGCAACUGUGUGCUGCCAGGCACCAUCGAGACGGCCAUCAACGAGGACGACCUUUCCGACGUGGCCAAGCGCGACUACAUGAUCUCGCGGUCGCCCUUGCGCCGCCUCGGCAAGCCAGACGACAUUGCUGGCCCCGUCGUCUUCCUUGCUUCGGACCUGUCCAAGUUCAUGACUGGCUCCUCUGUCCUCGCCGACGGAGGAUGCUUUGUCAACCUGCAGUAG